AAACAUGGCAGCGCCCUUGCUGAACGUGUAGUUGUUGUACGAAGUGUCAAAGAUGAACCGCCUAACAAAGUCACCUGGCAAAUGCUGAAGUCCUCGAGUACAGUAUGGACAGACGAGAGUUCACAGCCUCCCUUGUGGCAGGCGGGUGCGCAGGAAUGUGUGUAGAUCUCACUCUCUUCCCACUGGACACCAUUAAGACAAGGCUGCAGAGCCAGCAGGGCUUCUACAAGGCGGGAGGUUUCCGAGGGAUCUAUGCAGGAGUCCCAUCUGCUGCCAUAGGCUCCUUUCCUAAUGCUGCCGCAUUCUUUGUCACCUAUGAAAGCACCAAGUCCGUUUUCUCUGGCUACACCACAACAAACCUGGCCCCCAUCACUCACAUGCUGGCUGCUUCACUAGGAGAAAUCGUUGCCUGUCUGAUCCGUGUGCCCACUGAAGUCGUAAAGCAAAGGACACAAGCCAAUCCCUCCAUCAGUACCUACAGAGUGCUGCUGAACUCACUACAGGAAGAGGGAUUCAGAGGGCUGUACAGAGGUUAUGGCAGUACAGUACUAAGAGAGAUCCCAUUCUCACUGGUGCAGUUUCCACUCUGGGAGUACCUAAAGGCCGUGUGGUGGAGGAGGCAGGGGGGACGGCUGGACUCUUGGCAGGCUGCAGUGUGCGGAGCUCUUGCAGGUGUGUGAUUAGC